AGGUCAUUCGGUGACAAAAAAGUACCAUUUUGUAACAAUGCAGCUAUCACUUCUUGUGUGUUUUAUAGCGAUCGCUGGAUUCGCGUCAGUCUACGCUCAACAAACAGGAUGUGUCCCAGAAGUCUGUCCAAGGAACGAGCGAUACCUAUGCUGUGGAUCGUGCGUCCAGCGAACAUGUGCCCUCGAGGAUGAAACCACAUGCCCGGACGUGUGCUAUCGCGGUUGCUACUGCAAGAAGGGCUUCGUGCGGAAGUACGCACCCGAUGGUCCAUGCAUUCGGUUGAAUAAGUGUCCCCGAACUAUCCCAACGCAACCGCCGAGCAAAAAGUAGUGGCGCUACCCUUUCGGUUUUAUUGCCAAACAAUUACCUUUUUUGUGGAAUUUUUCAUCACAGAUUCUUUCGCAUCAACGUAAUAAAAAUAUGUGAAAUUGGGUAUCGUGAAA